AUGGACCAAUCUGCCAGCAGCUCGAGCUCCGUCACUUCUAGCUCGACUUCCCGCUCCAGCUCGGACGCACGAGUUCUGCCUCCUCCCGUGAUCGAGGGGAUUGCCCCUGAGGGCUACGAGAACGGUGCUUUUCCGAGAUACACCCAGAAUUGGACGCACGCAGGCGGAGGCAAUGAAGUGGAUUGCUCCCAGGCUAUCAAGGUCUAUGUCGACAUAGCCGCACAUGAGUUGAAGAGCGUCGAUGACAACAAUGAACAGUUCCACAUGGUGUUUGUGAUGAAACUGGGUUGGCUGGAUCCCGACCUCAAGAACUUCAAGUCUCGGAUAAGUGUUCGAGCAACGCCGGGCACCUCAGAUCUUCAUUUGCGCAAGCUCGACGUCGUGAUCACGAAGAUGUAUGCUAAUGGGGACGUCGAGUUUAUCGACUUAUCCGACCCCAGGCAGCGAGUCCAAACAUUUCGCAAAGGCGAGUAUUUCGGAAUCCAGGAUCCUGACUGGAACGAGUAUUUCUUUCCCUCCUACACCAUCCUCAACCUGAAGCACGGAGCCGACGCGACCGUGGAGACCCGGAGGCUCCUCUGGUGCGACGAAAAAGGCGGCUUCACUUCCUAUCGCAUCCGCUUCGAUGCGAAGCUGCAAGAGACGAUGGACCUCCGGAACUUCCCGCGAGACCGGCAACUUUGCAGGAUCAGGAUGACAGCCGAAAAGCCUAUUGAGGAAUUUCAGUUCGUCGUGCUCAAGGGCGAGAAGGGCAUCAGCCAGAUGUGCGGUAUGUGGCAGCUGGAUGGGGGCACUGUUUAUGCACGCCACCUGGACAGGUACCUGCUGUUUCCGAGCCAGCGUUCUUGCGUGAACGCCGUAUAUCACCUGGAGCGGGAAGGUGAGUACUACAUGAAUGGUGUGCUGCUUCUCAUCUUUCUGGUGAGCAUUUUUAGCCUUUGCACCUUCUGCAUCCCACUUGACGAUGUCAGCGGACGACUGAAGCAUUUGAGCACCUGCCUUCUUGCGGUCUUCGCGUGCAUGUACGUCAUCAAUGACAGGUUACCUCGCAAAAGGUACUUCACAGGGGCUGACGCAUACAUCAUCUUUGCAUGCUCUUUUCAAGUGCUUCUUGUCCUUGAAACGUUAUGUUUCCAAAUUUUCGGCUUCCUGGAAAGUCCAACGUUGACGGACCGACGUGUCGGGUUGGCACUCUUGAUCGUGUGGUUGACGGUGAACUGCUUGCUGCGCUGGCGGUGGAGGCGCGACACUGACGCGAAAGCGAAAGCAGCCUGGCAAGCCGUGUAUCAAGCCAGUCGUGAGCCGUACGCUCCAGUCAACGAGUGCUCAGAAUGUGGAAAACAGUGGCUCUGCAAGCAGUGCGAGCAUAAGAGUCCCACAAAACGCUGCUUUAACUGGCCGACUUGCUAUGGCGAAGGCGACAGCAUCAAGACCAUCUACAAAACUCCAUGGGAUCAGGAAGUCCCUCUCGUGGCAGCGCAAGACUUCCCGCAGCCGCCAGCUCAUUUGAAGCAGGCUCCUGCCGGACACGGCACACAGAAGUAA